AUGGCUUCUAUGACUUCUGAAAAUAAAAAAGUUACUAUUACUGACGAUUUGGACGAUUUGGACGAACUCUUUGAUGAGGUAUUGGACGACUUUUCUUCACAGUCUACUUCAAAUAAACUGUCUGGUUCUUCUGCAUCAAAGUUUCCUUCAAAUGCAACACCUGAUAAUAGGGGAGAUCAAGUUGAUCCACAUACACAAGUGGACGAUGAAUAUGCAAAACAACUUGCUGCUGAUAUGGAGGAUUUUGUCAAAGAAAUGGAGGACAAUGAAGAAUUAAGAAUGGCAAUGCAGGGAUUUAUGAAAAAUAUUGGUGAUGUGGAUGAUAAUUUUGUAAAUAAUUUAAAUGGAACUAAUGGGACUAGUGUUGAACGUAGUAACAAUGAUGGGAAGUCCACUACUGACUCCAAAGGAACCUCGUUCCAAGAUAAAAUCAAUCAAACAAUGAAUAAGCUACAAAAUAGUUCAGAACAACUUGAUGCUGAAAUUACAGAGGGAUCGAAUGACUUAAUGGAAGAGAUGAUGAAGCAUUUAGAAAGUGUGGGUAAUUUGCCUGGACUCGCAGAGAAUGGCGACAUGGAAGAAAUUUUUAAAGGUGGAGAAGUGGAAAAAAUGUUUGAAGUUAUGAUGGAAGCAUUAGCGACAAAAGAUUAUUUAUAUGAGCCAAUGAAAGAAUUCGCGCAAAAGUACCCCAAAUGGCUCGAGGAAAACAAAGGGAAGGUACCACCAGAAGACUAUACGCGCUAUGAAAAACAAUCGGAAUAUAUUCACAAGAUCAUCGAAAAAUAUGAAGCGCAGGAUUUUGACGAAAACAAUGAACAACAAAACAAAGUCAUUAUAAAUUUAAUGCAAGAGUUACAAGACUUCGGACAACCACCACCAGAAAUUAUAAACGAAUUGGCACCGGGAAUGGAUCUCGAUGAACAAGGAAUGCCAAAAUUGUCUGCAGCUGAUUUAUCUUCUUCAUGUAAAACCAUGUAA